AUGCAGUGUCUGCAGAAGGCAAAAUUCUGCGAUACGCACAACUUGUUCAAGACGGCCAGCAGCAGUGUGACGAAGAUGUGCGGUGAACGAAGGGCUGUUCUCGAGAAAAUGAAGCCGUGCCUCGCCAAAUUCGGGGAUGCUACUGCUCAGUUGUGCGACAACAGGUGUCAUGGUCGCGCCAACGUGACAGCAUUCCUCAACAAGCCGGCUAUCAUCAGAGCAGCCAAGAUGGGUGGCAAUAUCAUAGCCGUAAACGACAAUCUCGGAAGCCUGUGCAGGACAUUCUCCUUACAACCAAUGGAAUCGGUCGCUGACCUUCUGCUGAAAGCGUCACCAACGAUCAAGGACUUCGUUGCUAAGAAAAUGGACAAGAGAUGUCGUUUUGCUAUACAGAAGAGUGAAAUCAUGAAAAUGAGAAAAGGACAGUUCAAUCAUUAA